UGCGCAGUCCGGUCUGGCCGCUGUAGUGCGCAGUUGGGGUUUGAGUAGGUUCAGGUGAAGGUGAUUCAGGUGGUUUAGGUGAAGGUUCUCCUGAGCAGGAGCACUGAGUAGCUGAUGGUUGUGAAAUGUUGUUACUCCGCAUGCGUUCUUUUUCCGCUUCGUUUGUGAAGUCUGUGGUUUCUGGCGCCCAGAGACUAACACUGAGAGGAGGCUUCUCCUCACACACAAACGGUAAGAUGCCGUGCUCAGAAGUGAGGGAUAGAGACGCAGUGUCUCCUGUGAAGAAGAGCAGGUAUGAGGAAGCUCCUGCAGGAGCCAUUGUGCUGAAAUUCGCUAAACUGUCUGAACGCGCCACAACUCCGACCAGAGGCUCAGCUAAAGCCGCCGGAUAUGACCUGUACAGUGCAUAUGAUUACUCCAUUGCGCCGAUGGACAAGGCCAUUGUGAAGACCGACAUCCAGAUCGCUGUUCCUGCAGGGUGUUACGGCCGAGUGGCUCCUCGCUCUGGUCUUGCAGCGAAGCAUUUUAUUGAUGUUGGUGCCGGUGUGGUGGAUGAAGACUACAGAGGAAACGUUGGUGUCGUGCUGUUCAACUUCGGAAAGGAGACGUUUGAAGUGAAACGAGGAGACCGAGUGGCUCAGCUGGUGUGUGAACGAAUCUGCUAUCCUGAUUUACAGGAACUUCAGACCCUGGAUGAGACGGAGAGGGGUGUGGGGGGAUUCGGCUCCACUGGAAAGAGCUGAAAUACUCACUGCUCCUGUUUAAUAGAAUGUUAGGGGGUUUGUAAUGUGAUGUUACUGUUGAUGCCUGCAAUGCAAUUUUACGUUGGACCACCAGGUGGUUUAUUAAUGUUAUAUAACAAGGUGAAUUCACCAGUCAGCGGUGAAGGUGGUGAGAGAUGUGGAUGGUAGAAACCUCUGAGCAUCAGAAUGUGUUCUGAGUUAUAGUUUUAACAAGUCUUUGUUCAGGUUAUUCAUGUUUCUAGAUGGAGGCUUGACAUCAGAACCUCUUCGAGAACUUUCAGUACUAAAGCUGAUCAAGGAAUUUUCAUGGACUCUUGAUGUUGCAGCAUUUUUUUAUUUUUUAGAUAUAAAGUGUUUAAUGUAAUGACCGUAAUAAAGUGUUUUUAUACUUGGUUA